AUGGCAACUGCUGUCUCCUAUUGUCUCCUCUCAUGUAUCUUUGCCUUGCUUGUUGUGAGUUUCGCUUCAGCAGGCAAAGAUGAUCAAGACAAACAGGUGUAUAUAGUAUACAUGGGUGCACUUCCUUCUCGUGUUGACUACAUGCCAAUGUCCCAUCACACUAGUAUUCUUCAAGAUGUCACCGGAGAGAGUUCGAUCCAGGAUCGUUUGGUUAGGAAUUAUAAAAGGAGUUUCAACGGAUUCGCAGCCCGGCUUACCGAAUCAGAAAGAGAGAUACUAGCUAGUAUGGACGAAGUUGUGUCUGUGUUUCCUAGCAAGAAUCUAAAUCUCCAAACAACAACGUCAUGGAAUUUCAUGGGCCUCAAGGAAGGCAAACGUACAAAGCGAAACCCUCUCAUAGAGAGCGAUACAAUCAUCGGUGUCAUUGACAGUGGAAUCUACCCUGAAUCGGACAGCUUCAGCGGCAAAGGCUUUGGUCCUCCUCCUAAAAAAUGGAAAGGUGUUUGCAAAGGCGGCACAAACUUCACUUGCAACAACAAGCUUAUUGGAGCACGGUACUACACACCCAAACUAGAGGGGUUUCCUGAGUCCGCAAGGGACAACACGGGACAUGGCUCGCACACAGCAUCCAUAGCGGCUGGAAACGCUGUGAAGCAUGUGAGCUUUUACGGGCUCGGUAAUGGAACUGUGAGAGGUGGCGUUCCAGCUGCAAGAAUAGCGGUUUAUAAAGUAUGUGACCCUGGUGUCAUAAGGUGCACAUCUGAUGGAAUUCUAGCCGCAUUUGAUGAUGCCAUAGCGGAUAAGGUGGACAUCAUUACCGUAUCCCUCGGUGCGGAUGCAGUUGGUACAUUUGAGGAGGACACGCUUGCGAUUGGGGCUUUCCAUGCCAUGGCCAAGGGAAUCCUCACUGUGAAUGGCGCAGGAAACAAUGGUCCAGAACGUAGAACAAUCGUGAGUAUGGCGCCGUGGCUCUUCACUGUUGCUGCUAGUAAUAUGAAUCGUGCGUUCAUCACCAAAGUUGUUCUCGGAAACGGCAAGACAAUUGUGGGAAGAUCAGUAAAUUCGUUUGAUCUUAACGGAAAGAAGUACCCUCUAGUAUACGGAAAGUCAGCUUCAAGUAGAUGCGAUGCUUCUUCAGCCGGGUUUUGCUCACCAGGGUGUCUAGACAGUAAACGUGUGAAAGGUAAGAUUGUGUUAUGUGAUACCCAGCGAAAUCCCGGAGAAGCUCAAGCUAUGGGAGCCGUCGCAUCCAUUGUUAGGAACCCCUAUGAAGACGCGGCUAGUGUCUUCUCAUUUCCAGUCUCUGUUCUAUCGGAAGAUGACUAUAAUAUUGUCCUCUCAUAUGUGAACUCCACAAAAAACCCCAAAGCAGCUGUUCUGAAAAGUGAGACAAUCUUUAACCAGAAAGCUCCUGUCGUGGCUUCCUACUCUUCUCGUGGCCCAAACCCACUCAUUCAUGAUAUUUUGAAGCCGGAUAUAACAGCGCCAGGAUCAGAGAUUCUUGCUGCUUAUUCUCCUUAUGUCCCACCAAGCGAAUCAGAUACAAGACAUGUAAAGUACACAGUUAUUAGCGGAACUUCAAUGUCUUGUCCCCACGUUGCUGGUGUAGCCGCCUACAUAAAAACGUUUCACCCACUCUGGUCUCCUUCCAUGAUCCAAUCUGCCAUCAUGACUACCGCUUGGCCAAUGAAUGCAUCUACUUCUCCGUCUAACGAGUUGGCCGAAUUUGCUUACGGAGCGGGCCAUGUCGAUCCCAUAGCAGCAAUUCAUCCUGGACUAGUAUAUGAAGCUAAUAAAUCCGACCAUAUCACCUUUCUCUGCGGCUUCAACUACACUGGAAAGAAGUUAAGACUCAUCUCUGGUGAUAGCAGCAGUUGCACUAAAGAACAGACUAAAUCGCUAACACGAAACUUAAACUACCCUUCGAUGUCUGCUCAAGUAUCAGGAACAAAACCCUUCAAAGUGACUUUCCGUAGAACAGUCACUAACGUCGGUAGACCUAACGCUACAUACAAAGCAAAGGUAGUCGGAUCUAAACUCAAAGUCAAGGUUGUUCCGGCAGUCUUGUCUUUAAAGUCAUUGUACGAGAAGAAGUCCUUCACGGUAACCGUUUCAGGCGCCGGUCCCAAAGCUGAAAAUCUUGUCUCGGCACAGCUGAUCUGGUCCGAUGGUGUCCACUUUGUGAGAAGCCCCAUUGUUGUUUAUGCUUAAAACUGAUGAAUCAGAACCAG